AUGUUCACUUGUACAUGCAUAUACAAACGUAUGAAGAUACACGCCCCCCCCCAAAUCCCAGCCUUUCUCUCUCUCUCUCUCUCUAUCACUAACUUCACCUUCCCUCACUCCCUUCCUUCCUUCUUUCCUUCCUUCCUUCCUUCCUUCCUUCCUUUAUUUUUUUUUUUUAAAUCUAUAACACUAUUUCUUUCUUUAGUAAUCAUUUGGCAUUUUCUUUUUCUUCUUCCAAAAUUCCGCUGCUUUACUUUUUUUUCUCCUCGUUCCUCUUUUUUCUCCAUUUUCUUCACAUUCUCACCUCUUCCUUGUCUUUUUUAUUGCCUUUUUAACAUGACUAUUCUUUUGUUCUUUCUAUUUUCCCUCCUUUUCCCCACUCAAAACCCCUUCCUUAACGCACUCCUCUUUUCUGUUCUGUUCUCUUUAAAUUCCCUUUUCAUUUUCAUCUCUUAUCUAUCUAUCUAUCUAUCUAUCUAUCUAUCUAUCUAUCUAUCAGAGAAAAUUGUUGAUUCUUAUGUCUAUACUAUCCAUAUCUAUCUAUCUAUCUAUCUAUCUAUCUAUCUAUCUAUCUAUCUCAAGCACCCAUUAUCUAUCUAUCUAUCUAUCUAUCUAUCUAUCUAUCUAUCUAUCUAUUAG